GGACGUUCGCAAAAAUGCAGGAAAUCCAGCUAAAGGUGGCUAAAGAGAAUUAACCUCUACCGGUCUCUUGGACUCUUGGAGCGUACAGUGUUUAGUUUGCCCGCGAUUUGCAUGAUACUGAUCAAUCGUGCUAGUGAUAUCCAUUAUAUUUUUGCAAAUUAUCACAUAGAUCGUUACGCUGUAUAAAUCGCUAUGACUACUUCGGUCAGCACGAAUCCGUCUACAUUGUUGCCUUUAGAAUUGGUGGAUAAAUGCAUCGGUUCCCGAAUACACAUCAUCAUGAAGAACGAUAAGGAGAUUGUCGGCACUUUGCAAGGAUUCGACGACUUUGUGAAUAUGUUACUGGAAGAUGUGACUGAGAGCGAAGCAACACCUGAAGGCCGCAGAGUCACAAAGUUGGAUCAGAUUCUCUUGAAUGGCAGCAAUAUUACAAUGUUGGUACCUGGUGGUGAAAUGCCAGAUACAUAAAGGAAACUGUAUGCCAUAU